UCCGCCGCUGCAGGGAUCAAAUCUGGACCAUCUGACGCUCAAGGAUUUAUGGGUUUAGUCAAAAUUGCUUUUCCCACUGUGGAGAUUAAGCACCGUGGGAUGUUGUGCCGUCAGGCCGCGGAGCAGCCAGUGUAGCUGCCGCCGCCGCCGCCGCCGCCGCUUCCUGCUGCCGUCGGCUCCGGCGCCGGAGACGGGGAUGUGUGAGGGAGACUGACGGCAGAGGCUCGUCCUCUGGGGAAUGUGAAGCAUGCGGGUGGAGGCGCUCCUUCUCCUGCUCUGGGUCUGGCUGCUGGCCGCCGCCGCCGCCGCCGGGAGGAUGGUCCAGCCCAGAGGUCACCAGCUGGAAACCUACAAGCAAACCAGGAUGCGAAGAGACGCCCGGAUGGACGGAGGAGGACACAAGUCUGGGAGCCCGAUUUACAAGCGAAGUCCGGACAUGACCAAAUCUCCCAUGACCAAGUCGGAGCAGCUCCUGAGAAUCGACGACCACGACUUCACCAUGCGGCCGGCGUUCGGAGGGCCGCCGAUUCCUGUCGGGGUGGACGUUCAGGUGGAGAGUCUGGACACCAUCUCUGAGGUGGACAUGGACUUCACCAUGACCCUGUACCUGAGGCACUACUGGAAGGACGAGAGGCUGUCGUUCCAGAGCACCAACAACCAGAGCAUGACCUUCGACAGCCGGCUGGUCAAGAAGAUCUGGGUUCCAGACAUGUUCUUCGUGCACUCCAAGCGCUCCUUCAUCCACGACACCACCACGGACAACGUGAUGCUGAGAGUGUACCCCGACGGGAACGUGCUGUACAGUCUCAGAGUCACCGUCACGGCCAUGUGCAACAUGGACCUGAGCCGCUUCCCUCUGGACACGCAGACCUGCUCGCUGGAGAUCGAGAGCUGUUCUGUUUUCCCUUCAGAUGCAUACACAGACGACGACCUGAUGCUGUACUGGAAGAAGGGAAACGAAUCCCUGAACACUGACGACAGAAUAUCUCUGUCCCAGUUCCUCAUCCAGAAGUUCCACACUACCACCAAGCUGGCUUUCUACAGCAGCACAGGCUGGUACAACCGUCUGUACAUCCACUUCACCCUGCGGCGCCACAUCUUCUUCUUCCUGCUGCAGACCUACUUCCCCGCCACGCUCAUGGUCAUGCUGUCCUGGGUGUCGUUCUGGAUCGACCGCAGGGCCGUUCCCGCCAGGGUGCCCCUCGGCAUCACCACCGUGCUCACCAUGUCCACCAUCAUCACCGGGGUCAACGCCUCCAUGCCGCGGGUCUCCUACAUCAAGGCGGUGGACAUCUACCUGUGGGUCAGCUUCGUCUUUGUCUUCCUGUCGGUGAUCGAGUACGCGGCGGUCAACUACCUGUCCACCGUGCAGGAAAGGAAGGAGAGGAAGCUGAGGGAGAGACUGCCGUGUACGUGUGGCAUCGGAAACCCCGACGAGAUGAUGAUCGACCCCCAGAUCACCGGCUAUGGCUCCAUGGACGUCAACGCCACGGGGAACUACGGCCUGCCGGAGAACGGCGGGCGCCAGGAGCGGAUCCUGGCCCAGGUGGCGCUGAACGACCCUCAGAUCGCCAGGCAGGUGAAGCCGUCCAGAGGCUACGUCAACAUCUGGAUCGAUACGCACGCCAUCGACAAGUACUCCAGGGUGGUGUUCCCGGGAGCCUACAUCCUCUUCAACAUCAUCUACUGGUCCAUCUACUCCUAACCUGGCUGGAGUCGGGCCGUCGCCGCGGGAGACGCCGCCUCCUUGGAACUCACGACGACGGAGGAGCCCCGCCUCCUGACCCGGCCGCCAGCAGCCACUGGCAUGGGACGGCGUUUCUACAACACACACACACACACACACACACACACACACACACACACACACACACACACACACACACACCUGGUGAUUAAACUUCUUCAGUAGUUCCACGUUUUCCGGUAAAUAGCUCCAUUGUUGUCGGCGGUAUAAAAGACGUUUCCAUCCAGCAGGAGCUUGCUGAGGCCACAUGGGUAAAGAUGGCGUCUUUUCCUGGCUGCUGGUGGAAGACGUUUGAUGAAUUCAUCUGUUUUCUGCUUGUUUCUUCCUCUGAACUGUCAGAAGUGAUGAGGGAAGGCGAGAGGACGUCUUUCCUCCCUCUGCAGCAUGAUUCUCUUUCUGUUCCGUCUCCCUGUGAACUGUGUAUGAAUCCGGUCUUUUGCUGUCUGUGAGUCGACGGGGUUUGAUGAGAAAUGGACUGAUCUGACUUAAUGAGCAUCCGGCUGGUGGCUUUUUUAAUGUCUUCAUUUCUUCUUUUUGAUACGGCUGAGGCCCGUCUCCUCCGAUCGCUGUGAGGCUUCCAGCUUCUGGACCUCCUAGAUGUUAAUACCGGUU